GAGCACAGUCGUUGAUUAGCGCUCGUCGCGUCGAGUUUGCAGUCGCAGUCUGAGUCAGAGAAUAUCGAACGCGCGCUUUGACGCUCCAGCGGAAACGAAUCGUACGCAUACGUCAAAGUGUUGUAAUCUGUGUUUCGUUGGUAAAAUACAAAGAAGAACAAGUAUUAAGCAAAUCCAAUAACAACUAUAAUCAAAUAAAAGCUCGUAGCAUAAGUGUUAGUUAGUCGCGCGCGCAGACAAAGCAUGUCCAGCGCCCAAGUGUCACAGCCGCCGCCGCCCACCACGCAGCAGCCGUCGCCUCAGCAGCAGCCGCAGCAGCAACAUACGCCCCACAUUAGCCAGCUGCUUAUUAGCCACAUAGCCGCCGCACAGCAACGUGCAACCACAACACCACCCGCCGCCGCUGCCGUCGUCGUCGAUUACGAUCAGUGCAGCAACCAUUCGUCGCCCAGAUCAAGCCGCAGCCGCAGUCCAGCGACCGCUGCAGCUGCAUCCAGCCCUACGCACUCCUCGGCCACGACAGGUAGCCCCCACAGCGCCUACGCACCCACACAUAGCCCAGCGGCGGCACAAGACAGCGCAGCGGAACAGCAACAACAACAACAACAGCAGCAGCAGCAAUCUCAACUUCCCGCUGCUGCACCUGCCAUGCCGCUGCUAGUGGCACCUAUUCCCAUGGCCUGCCAGGGCAUUGGACCACCUCCGACCCAUCAUCCGCACGCACAUGCACCACAUCCGCGUCUCUAUGUCGAAGGCGGCUUCCCACCACAUCAUGUUCCACAUCCCGCCUUGGUCAACGGCGCCUACCCGCUGCCCCGUCUGCCCCUAGCUGCAGUUAUGAUGCCCGCGAAUGCACCAGCUCCAGCCGCAACACAAUUGCCGCCGGCACCGCCCAUUCCCAUAGCCAGCUGCUCUCCGCCCGAAACUACGGCGCUGCAGCAGGCUCAGCCCAAGAAAUCCUUCUGCAUCGAUGCGCUGCUCGCCAAGAAUCAGCACCAAGGUGCAGAACGACCGCCUCCGACAGCAGCCGAUAUGAUUGCGGACGAGCAUCGUUUGGCGGCGUUGCACUAUGCUCGGGAUCAGGCGGAACUGAAUCAUGCCUUUGUGGCAGCAUCGAAUGCAGCUGCGGCAGCCGCUGCCGCCGGCAUCAGCGAGCAGGAGGCGCUGCAGCGAAUACGCGAGUCGCGGGAAUAUGAUUCACCCAGUCCCGACGGCAUGUCCAGAUCUGAAUCUCCCAGCUCAUCGCAUCGCUCCAGUCCGCCCAUCAGUCCCGGCUGCGAGGAUCAGCAGCCCCAGCCCGCGCACCACACACACCACUUGGGCAUGCGUAUGUCCGAGCUGCACGAUGAGUUCAAGAAGCCCAUCCCGCCGCACAGUCCCAUCAGACCGCAGGACUUUCCACUCUAUGCGGGCGGGCAUCCGUAUCAGCUGCUGGCACCUGGCGGCUCCGCUUUCCAUCGGCCUCUCGAUCCGUCCGGCAAGCCCAUACCCAUACCCAUGGGUCACAAUUUUAUGCCCUCGCAGCUGCAGUUCGAGUUUCUGGCACGCGCUGGCAUGUUGCAUCAUCGCAUUCCAGAGCUGGCCGCCUAUCCGCAUCACGCGAUACUGGGCAAGACGCGACGUCCACGAACCGCCUUCACCUCCCAGCAGCUGCUCGAGCUGGAGAAGCAGUUCAAGCAAAACAAAUACCUGUCGCGGCCCAAACGCUUCGAGGUGGCCAGCGGCCUGAUGCUGUCCGAGACGCAGGUGAAGAUCUGGUUCCAGAAUCGACGCAUGAAAUGGAAACGUUCCAAAAAGGCGCAGCAGGAGGCCAAGGAGCGAGCCAAGGCGCAGCAGCAGCAACAGCAGCAGCAGCAGAGCACAGCCAGCGCGAGCAGCUCGAGUUAGUUUCUCCUGAAGCCAGAGCAAAAGCAUUUCUAGUCAUUGGCAUUGGAGCAACCGUCCACCUGGUGAGACACCCUGUAUGCGAACAACCCAACAAACAACAUGCAACACCAA